AGUGUUUGCCCUAGGAAAGCACUGAGGAGUUGCAGCUUCUCCAUUUUUAGAACGGUGUUUGGUUCUGCCGCCUCUCCUCGGUCCACAGCUUGCGGGCUUUCGGAGACGCGCUGCCUCUCCUCCUCUCCCACGCCCCCACGCUCUCCAGCAAGGGCUCGCGCCCAGCGCCAGGCUGGGUUAAGGGCGGGUCGGGGUCCGCCCAGGGGAGGAGGAGCCGGAAGAACUACAUUUCCCAGGCUGCUGCGCGGUUCCGGACUCCAUUUCCCAGCAACGCCCGGGGCGCCCCGCCAGGACUCCAUUUCCCAGAGUUCCGCGGGAGGGCCCGACCUGAUCCCGCUCCCUCCACCUAACCCCAACGCGUGGCAGGACUCUCAGCCGGCGCCUGAAGCCGCUCUCCGGGCAGGUCAGGUAAGACGCAGGGAUGCUGCACAGACCCGAGCGCUGUUUGAAAAAGUCCGGCCCACACAUGUCAUCCAUCUUGCUGCAAUGGUGGGGGGCCUGUUCCGGAAUAUCAAAUACAAUUUGGACUUCUGGCGGAAAAACAUACACAUCAACGACAACGUGCUGCACUCGGCCUUCGAGGUGGGGGCGCGAAAGGUGGUCUCCUGCCUGUCUACCUGCAUCUUCCCCGACAAGACCAGCUACCCUAUCGAUGAGACCAUGAUUCACAACGGACCCCCGCACAGCAGCAAUUUUGGCUACUCUUACGCCAAGAGGAUGAUCGACGUGCAGAACAGGGCCUACUUCCAGCAGCACGGCUGCACCUUCACCGCUGUCAUCCCCACCAAUGUCUUCGGGCCCCAUGACAACUUCAGCAUCGAGGACGGCCACGUGCUGCCUGGCCUCAUCCACAAGGUGCAUCUGGCCAAGAGUCGCGGCUCAGCCUUGACAGUGUGGGGCACAGGGAGGCCUCGGAGGCAGUUCAUCUACUCACUGGACCUGGCCCGGCUCUUUAUCUGGGUCCUGCGGGAGUACGAUGAGGUGGAGCCCAUCAUCCUGUCAGUGGGUGAGGAGGAUGAGGUGUCCAUCCAGGAGGUGGCUGAGGCCGUGGUGGAGGCCAUGGACUUCCAUGGGGAGGUCACCUUUGAUACAACCAAGUCGGAUGGGCAGUUUAAGAAGACGGCGAGUAAUGGCAAGCUGCGGGCCUACCUGCCCGACUUCCGGUUCACGCCCUUCAAGCAGGCCGUGCAGGAGACCUGUGCCUGGUUCACUGACAACUACGAGCAGGCCCGGAAGUGAAGCGUGCGGCGGGAGCGGGUGCCGCCCUCUCCCCGGCGCUCAGCCAGCAGAGCCCAGCGGCAGCCACUCAGAACCUGCCGGGGCUGAGGGCACUGCCCUCGUGGCGGCCGGCCCCUGCCCCACGCCCUCUGCCGGGGCAGACCUGGCUGACUCUCCGGUGAGGCCACCGUUCACACCGUCCUCAGGGAAGCCAAGGCCUGGCCAGGCCCAGCACCCUGCUCUCCGACGCCAGUCGCAGAGCAUGUACACUUCUGAUCCCUGGGAGCCAAUAAAGUGCGUUUCCACAGGCCUGGCCCCGGCAGCUCUGUAUCAGCCCCCCAUCUCCCCCGCCCCAGCACUGCCUCCUGAGCCUGGCCAGCCCCCAAGAGCUGCUGGGCCACGGUGGCCAACUGUCCCUGGGGUAGAAGGGCAGCAGUGGCCGGAGACACGGAGAGGUGGGUGUGUGGGCAGGUGGCAGGAGAGGCUGGACUGUCAGCCGGCGGGGACAAAGGGCAGGCACCUGCGGCAGUCCCCACCGGCUGCGGGGAGAGCCGAGCCUCUCCACGCACAGCCAGGUGCAGGCCUGGGUAACCUGCACUCCCCGGGCUUACCCCCCCCCAUCCCCAGGACUUUGGGGAAAGAGGCUGGGUCUGGAUUUGGACAGGCUGAGCAGGCACACAGAUGGAUCUGAGGAGAGCAGUGGCGAUUGGCCAGGUCAGGCCUGGCCCCUCAUCUCCCUAGCCCUCAGGUAGCAGCUUGGGUGCUGGGGCUUGGCCUGCCCUUCUCCCAUGGGCAGCAGUAGGUGUCACGCAAGAGUGGGCCUGGCGGGCACGGCGGUGAGCGGCACAGGCCUCCCAUCCUCAACAGGAAAGUCUGGACCGGUUGACCCACCGGCCCCCGCCUAGCCAGUCAGUGCCGGGUGUGCUUCCCCCAGGACCCAGGCACCUUCCCUGGCUCCGGGGCCCACCUCCCCUGGGGUACCCUUUGCUGUCUUCACACCAGUGACUCCCAGCUCUCUUCUGGCCCCAGGUGUGCCUGCCACGUUCCUUACUUGCUUUGUUCAUUCAGGCGCUAUGGGCUGCCUUCCCUGUGCCAGCCAUGCAAGCCCCACCCUCCGUCCCGUGUCCAGCUGAUCCCUCACUGCGUUUGUUACCACCACCCCGGCCCACGGGCCUCUCCAGGGGCCAGUCCUGCCCCUCUCACAUCAGUGCCUCCCCACCUCUUAGGUCUCUGCUGACUGAGGCCCACCCCACCUGCUUGCUUCUCUGGAAACACCUCCCCUCCCCCACCCCCCAGGGCUUGGAGCUCCAGGACCUGGUCGGCCCUUCAUGCUGUAUCCCCUGGGUGCCAGCCCUUUGUGAAUCUGAAGGGUCUGCCCCUGUGGGCGUUCAGGGAGAGGGGGAGGGGUGGUCCCUGAGUGGGAGCUCGGAUCAGCCAAGUGAGAAUGGGGGGAAGGAGGCCCUGCGCGGGGCAGAGAGGCCUGGACGUGCCUGGCCUCAAGUAGUGGUUGUGUGUCCUGACUUGUCCCUUGGGUUAUGGGGUGUGUGUUUAUCGUAGAGGGGCUGUCUCUCCAGCCAGAAUGCAAGUCUGCGGGGUGGGGGUUUGUGCACUCCACUGCUGUGUGCCCUUCGUUCCCAGCCCAGAGCAGGGCCCCCACGCUGAAGGGGCAGCGUUGAAGGAAUGAAGGGAUCUCAUUGUUGAAGAGCUCUGAACGUGUCAAAGUAGAGUUUAAAGAAAAUAACAUCUUUAAAAUUCA